AUCUAAUAACUUUCUAGAUGGCAACAUUCCAGCAAGCCUUGGCACUCUCACAAAACUUAUAUCUCUGGAUCUUUCCGCUAACUCCUUGAGGGGGGAAAUCCCACAGGAGAUACUCAUGAUUCCCUCUCUUACGGUACUUCUCAACCUCUCCAACAAUGCUCUAAGUGGCUCCAUUCCAACACAGAUAGGAAAGUUGAACAGCCUUAGUGCAAUCGACCUAUCAACGAACAAGCUCUCGGGUGAAAUCCCAGACAGUCUCAGCAGUUGCGUCCAACUGAAUUUUCUAAAUUUUCAAGGAAAUCUUUUGCAUGGGCAAGUACCGAAAGGUUUUUCUUCCUUGAGAGGCCUUGAAAAGUUGGAUCUUUCUGAUAAUAACUUAGCAGGACCCAUUCCUGAGUUCCUCCAGAGAUUUGAGCUCCUAAUAUAUCUAAACCUCUCUUUCAACAACCUAUCUGGUCCCGUGCCAAAUGCAUGGAUCUUUCACAAUGCUACUGUAUUGUUGCUCCCUGGCAAUAGCAUGCUAUGCGGAGGCCCCCCAUCCUUGCAACUCCCUUCAUGCCCAUAUAUAGGUUCUAACAAGGCUGCGCAGCAUCGGCGUCGGCUCAUACUCUUUUGCAUGGUUGGAACUUUGAUCUUCUUCAUGUUCUCUCUAACUGGAUGCUACUUAAUGAACACAAGAAUCAAACCGAACAAUGUUCUUGAUCAAGGAGUUGGAUUUCACCAAGAGAUGCAUGAGAGGAUAUCCUAUGCUGAGAUAGAUGCAGCAACAGAGUCAUUCUCACUGACAAAUUUGAUUGGUUCUGGAAGUUUCGGGAAUGUGUACAUUGGAACUCUAAAUCUCGAUGAGAGCUUAUGUACUGUAGCAAUAAAGGUUCUCAAUCUUGGCAAACGAGGAGCUAAUAGAAGCUUCUUGAGAGAGUGUGAGGCCCUAAGGAAGAUUCGACACCGGAAGCUUGUCAAAGUGAUCACUGUGUGUAGCAGUUUGGACCGUAAUGGUGAUGAGUUCAAGGCACUUGUCUUAGAGUUUAUCAGCAACGGAAAUUUAGAUGAAUGGCUGCAUCCAAACUCCAUGACUAACAGCCGGAACUUUAGAAGGCUAAGUUUGAUGGAAAGGCUAUGCAUUGCUCUUGAUGUUGCAGAGGCAUUAGAAUAUCUUCACCAUCAAAUUGAGCCAUCCAUAGUUCACUGUGAUAUCAAACCAUGCAACAUCCUUCUAGAUGAUGACUUUGUUGCACACAUCACCGACUUUGGUCUAGCAAAGAUAAUGCAUACCGAUGAAUGCAUGCACAAUGGUGGUGGAACUGAAAGCAGCUCACUUGUAAUUAAAGGCACAAUUGGAUACGUCGCACCAGAGUAUGGCUCAGGAUCUGAAACCUCCACGGAUGGUGAUGUAUAUAGCUACGGGGUGUUGCUAUUGGAAAUAUUUACUGGAAUGAGGCCAACUGACAAUUUCAUGGAUGAUGUGACAAGCCUGGUCGACUAUGUCAGGAUGACUUAUCCUGAUAAGCUACUGGAUAUAUUGGAUGACAGUGCAAUCUACAGAGGAGACAGGCAGUGUAUCAUAGAUAUAUUCUUAUAUCCUAUGUUUAAGCUGGGCCUAGCUUGCUGUGAGGAUUCCCCAAGGCACAGAAUGCAGAUGAACGACAUAGUCAACGAAUUGAACACCAUAAAGAAAGCAUGCGCGGCUCACAUGGCUGUUCAUGAAUUCAGAGCAACCGCCUGAUCCAGGCAGGAAGCAUAGGAGUAAGACAGUCUAAUCGACCGACUGAUUAUGCUCCCUAAGAGCUUAUUGUAAGGCUGGGGAGCUCCCAGCAAUAUCUUUGGCAACUCUGGUCGAAAAGAUGGAGCUGACGACGCUGAUGCUUGCGGGCGCCGCUGGCCUUUGCGAAGGCGUUGUGAUCCCGUAUCCCUGUAUUUGUUUCUAGAAUAUGCAGUAUCCAUUUUCCAUCCAUUAUGUUCACUUCUCCCUGAAGCUGCAUCCUCUUUAGCCUGAAAGGACUGCCACUUUGAUUUAGACAACCAAAGUAUAGUAUAUAGUUCUUGUGAUCUGUUAGUCUCUUUUUUAAGCUAGUAAUAUCUUGUUGCAUGGAUUGGUUACUCGUGAAUAUCGUGAAUGCACUUUGUACCCCAGUCUCA